AUGGACGGAGCGGCGGAGCCCGAGGCGCACACGCUGGUGAAGCGCGGAGCGGGGGGCGGCGGCCGCGGUGUAAGUAGUAAUUGGUCUGGGAGUCUUGUUGUAGCCUCCUUAACUGGUGCUUUUGGGUCGUCUUUUCUUUACGGCUACAAUCUGUCGGUGGUGAACGCUCCCGCAGGGUUUAUCAAGAAGUUUUACAAUGAAACUUGGGAGAGGAGAUAUGGCUUCUCAGUGGAUGAAGGCACGCUGACACUCCUCUGGUCGAUAACUGUUUCCAUUUUUGCCAUCGGUGGCCUUGUGGGUGCCAUUAUUGUAACCCCAAUUGUCAAGUUCUUUGGGAGGAAAUGCACAUUGGUGCUCAAUAAUGUGUUUGCAGUGGCAGCAGCACUGCUGAUGUCCCUGUCCUUGCUGGCUGGGUCGUUUGAAAUGCUCAUCCUGGGCCGCAUCAUCAUGGGAGUGGAUGCAGGCAUUUCAUUAAGUGCCCUCCCCAUGUAUUUGAGUGAAAUAUCUCCUAAGGAAAUCCGCGGUUCAUUGGGUCAGGUCACAGCCAUUUUCAUUUGCAUUGGUGUUUUCACUGGUCAAGUUUUGGGGCUGCCAGAAAUAUUUGGGCAAGAAUCUCGGUGGCCUUUCUUGUUUGGAGCCAUCAUUGUUCCAUCAUUGAUACAAGUUGUGAUUCUGCCUUUUCUUCCCGAAAGCCCUCGGUACCUCCUACUCGAAAAGCAUAACAGGAGCAAGGCGGAAAAAGCCUUUCAGAGAUUCCUUGGGAAAGGUGAUGUGUCUCAGGAGAUAGAGGAAGUCUUGGCAGAGUCUCGGGCCCAGAGGAACACCAAGCUGGUGUCGGUGCUUCAGCUGCUGCGAACGCGCGCGGUGCGAUGGCAGAUCCUGACCGUGGUCGUCACCAUGGGCUGCUACCAGCUCUGUGGGCUGAAUGCUAUCUGGUACUACACAAACAACAUCUUUAGUGAGUCUGGGAUCAAUCGUGAAACAAUCCCUUAUGUUACACUAAGUACUGGUGGUGUUGAGACUCUGGCUGCCGUUUUCUCUGGCUUGGUUAUUGAGCGGCUUGGGCGCAGGCCUCUCCUCAUUGGAGGCUUUGGGCUGAUGAUCGUCUUCUUCGCAGUGCUCACUGCCUCCCUGACCUUACAGAACACUGUGUAUUGGCUUCCUUACCUCAGUAUAUUUUGUAUCCUUGCAAUCAUUGCAUCGUUCUGCAUUGGACCAGGUGGGAUUCCCUUUGUCCUCACUGGAGAGCUUUUCCAGCAGUCACAGAGGCCAGCUGCAUUCAUGAUAGCUGGGACAGUCAACUGGCUCUGCAACUUCGCAGUGGGACUGCUCUUCCCCUUCAUCCAGGCUGGUUUGCAGACCUACUGCUUCCUAGUGUUUGCUGGAGUCUGCUUUGCAGGAGCAGCCUACCUGUUUUUUGUCCUGCCUGAAACAAAAAAUAAGACAUUUCAUGAGAUCAGCCAAGCAUUUGCCAAAAGGAAUAAAGCAACUUUAGAAAUGCAAGAGAUGAACCACUACCCAGGGGAGAGGAAACCAAAUGAAGAACAAGAAUCAAACUUCACAUCUCCAGUGGACAAUGGGGAAACCAUAAAAGGGAUUGUGUAA